AGAGGUGAGCUUAGAGCAGAUGUCAUAUUUUCAUGGUGUUUUCUUUGUGUUCGAGUGUGCAUUUUGUGGUGAAAUAUCGGCCUUUGGAGGAUAGACUUUAUCUUAUCACCGUGAGUCAUGGCCCAGUUCGGGGGACAGAAGAACCCCCCAUGGGCGACUCAGUUUGCCGCCACUGCAGUGUCCCAGCCGGGGCACUCGGGACAAUCCCUGGACCUCAAUAGUCUGCACUCUUUGGGUGUGCAGCAGCCCUCUCUCCUGGGCGCCUCUCCCUCUGUGUACUCUCAGCAGUCUGCUUUGGCUGCGGCCUCCCUCAGCACUCAGUCUGCAGCCAACUACCAGCUGUCCCAGCAGACAGCCGCUCUGCAGCAGCAGGCAGCUGCAGCUGCAGCCGCAGCUCUACAGCAGUCUCAGAUCAAUUCAGCUCUUCAGCAGUAUCAGCAGCAGCAACAGCAGCAGCAACAGCAGCAACAACAGCAGCAGCAACAGCCCCCGCAACAGCAGCUCUACAAUGUGCCCCAUCAGCUUCCUCAACCACAGCAGGCACUGUUAUCUCAGCCUCCUGUAGCCUUGCCAACUAGUUUGAGUCUUUCCAACCCGCAGCAGACAGCUCAGAUAACUGUGUCCUACCCAACCCCACGCUCCAGUCACCAGCAGCAGACACAGCCCCAGAAGCAGCGCGUCUUCACUGGAGUGGUCAACAAACUACAUGACACCUUUGGCUUUGUGGAUGAAGACGUCUUCUUUCAGCUCAGUGCUGUAAAAGGGAAAACUCCCCAAGUAGGUGACCGUGUUCUUGUUGAAGCGGUGUACAACCCAAACAUGCCCUUCAAGUGGAACGCUCAACGCAUCCAGACCUUACCUCAGCUCGGAAACCAGGCGAACCAACCUCAAGCUCCAAAUAUGAUGAAACCUGCACCACCCAUGUUACAGUCUCUGCCUCCUCCAACCACCUUCAGUGUCCCAGCCCAGGCCCCACCCCCCUCUCUACUGCAGGCCCAGCUCUCUGCUGCUUCUUUGGCUCCACUUCUCCAAAACCCCCCACAGCCUCUUUUGCCCCAGCCACCACCAAAAGAUGUGUUUCCUGGUGGUCUGCUUCAGCCGCCUGUGAGGAUGAUGGCCCAGCCUCAGCCUGUCAGGAGAAUAGAACCUCCUCCUCGCUUUCCCAACCGCAAUGACCGAGGGCCCGAGCUCAUCCUGAGGCCCAAGGAAGAGCGCAGAGACAGAGAACGUGAGCGCAGAAGGUCAAGAGAACGCUCUCCCACACGUAAGCGCUCUAGAGACCGCUCUCCCAGAAGAGAGCGAUCACCACGGCGACCGCGCAGGGUCGUGCCUCGCUACACUGUGCAGUUCUCAAAGUUCAGCUUAGACGGCACAAGCUGUGACAUGAUGGAGCUGCGCAGGCGCUACCAGAGCCUCUACAUCCCCAGUGACUUCUUUGAUGCAGCCUUCACUUGGGUGGAUGCUUUCCCUCUGACCAGGCCUUUCCAACUCAGCAACACCUGCAACUUUCACAUCCUUCACAAAGAGGUGGAUCCUUUGGCCAAGAACACUGCUGUGUUAGACCCACCAGAUGCUAAUCACAGUUACAGUGCUAAGGUGAUGCUGCUGGCUACUCCUAGCAUGGAGGAGCUCUGUCAUAAAUCCUGUGCUUUAGCAGAGGACUCUCAGGAGGUCAGAGACUCUUUCCAGCAUCCUGCCAGACUUAUCAAGUUCUUGGUGGGCAUGAGAGGUAAAGAUGAGGCCAUGGCCAUAGGUGGUCACUGGUCUCCCUCUUUGGACGGAGCGGACCCUGAGAAGGACCCCUCAGUGCUUAUAAAGACAGCAAUACGCUGUUGCAAGGCUCUCACAGGCAUAGAUCUUAGUCUGUGCACUCAGUGGUAUCGAUUUGCAGAGAUCCGCUAUCACCGGCCGGAGGAGACUCACAAGGGGCGGACUGUCCCCGCUCAUGUGGAGACAGUGGUUUUGUUUCUGCCGGAUGUUUGGCAUUGUCUUCCCACCCGCUCAGAGUGGGAGGUGCUGUCACGGCGACUCCGGGAGCAGCUGGCUGAGAAGCUGUCGGCCGAGCGCAAGGAGGCGGAUGGAGAACAGGAGGAAGACGACAAGGACGACAGCGAGUCCAAGGACGUCAGUACUCCCACGCAUUGGUCCAAGCUCGAUCCGAAGUCCAUGAAGGUGAGUGACCUCCGUAAAGAGCUGGACUGCCGCUCUUUAAGUUCUAAAGGCCUGAAGUCCCAGCUGAUCGCCCGCCUCACGAAGCAGCUCAAAGUGGAGGAGCAGGUGGAAGAAUCCAAAGAGCCCGAAAAGGUGGAGCCCAAAGUUCCGGAGGAAGAGGAGCCAGUUCGCACAGAGGAAGACAAAGAGGAAGAAGAAAGGAAGAAACAGGAGGAACUUGAACGUCAGCGGAGAGAGCGGCGCUACAUUCUCCCUGAUGAGCCCACAAUCCUGGUGCAUCCCAACUGGGCGGCCAAGAAUGGCAAGUUUGACUGCAGCGUCAUGUCUCUGAGUGUGCUGCUGGACUACAGGCUGGAGGACAACAAGGAGCACUCUUUUGAAGUUUCACUUUUUGCCGAGCUCUUUAAUGAAAUGCUACAACGAGAUUUUGGUUUCCGGAUUUAUAAAGCUCUGGCUUCACUCCCCUCAAAGGAUGAGAAGAAGGAAAAGGAGAAGAAGGCUAAAAAAGACACAGAGAAGAAAGACACUGAAAAACGUGAUCUCAAAAAGGAAAAGGACGAGGAUGCAGAGGAACCAGUCACAAAGAAGCUCAAAGAAGAUGAGGAGGAUAGACGCAAGCCUGAAGAGAGGGUGGUGAAAAAGGAGGAGUCCAGAGAUGAAGAUGAGAAUGAAGAUGACGGCAGUCCGGCCAAAGCAGAAGAGUAUGACCCUCUGGAGGCCGAGGACGCUGAUGAGGAUGAGGACGAUGAAGAUAAAGAUGAGGUGGAUUCCAAUGACCGGGACAGGAAGGACCGUAAGGAUGACCGCAAGUCUUCCAAGGAGCGCUCCUCCAAAGAUAAGGAAAAAAAGCAGAUGGUGACAUAUAACCGGGAGCUGCUGAUGGCCUUUGUGUACUUUGACCAGAGUCACUGUGGCUACCUGCUGGAGCGAGACCUAGAGGAAAUCCUUUACACUUUAGGACUGCAUCUCUCCAGAGCUCAGGUAAAGAAGCUGCUGAACAAACCAGUGGUACGAGAGUCUUGUUACUACCGUAAACUAACAGACGGGGGCAAGGAUGAGCCUGCUCCUUCACUCAGUGACGCACACAUCGAAAACCUGCUUGGUAACAAGGCCCUGCUUCCUGCUCCCAAGGUCCGUCCUCAGGCUGAGGCCAGUGAAUCUGGAAAUCUGAUAGUGUACAAUGGCGCUAUGGUGGAUGUGGGCAGCAUGAUGCACAAACUGGAGAAGAGCGAGAAGGCACGAGAGGAUAUAGAACAGAAGCUCUUUGUUCAGGACAACAAAAUGGAGGAGGAUGUCAAGGUGAUCACGCAGUUAGAGCAGGCCAACAAAGCCUUGACCAAAGAGCUGGAGGAGGUGAAGGAGGCUCUGAGCCAGGCUGAAGAGGCUCUAAAGUCCACAGAGGAACAGAAGAGUGUUUUCCACAGUCACCUCAGUAAAACGUCCAGUACUCUCCUCACUACAGUCAAAGAGCUGCUGACUGUGCUGAAGAAGGACCACGACAUGGAGGAGACUGACAAGAUGUCCAAGGAUCUUCAGAAUUGUUCAAACCGAAAAAGCUAACCAGUCACUAACUUAUCUAUUGUAAAUAGUCUCAAACUUUUAUUUGGACCUACUGACUUGUAAAACAUUUUGUUUAUGGAAGAAUGUUUGUUUAUUCUGUGUAGAUAUUUCUUGCCUUAUGGCAGAGGAAAAUCAUUUACUUAUUUUCAUAUGCUAAAAUUGUGUUCGAGAUUGAAAUGAGCAAUAACAGUUGCUAAUGACAUCAGAAGAAUUCUGCAAAGCUAUAUUUAUACCAGUAAGGAUAUUAAAAAGGGGCGAAGUGAUUUCUGACAGCCAUUAUUCUUUUGUCAGUUGUGGGACUACAUGCGUUCACCUGUUUGUAGCCUUUAUCCCAGCUGCCUCUUCUCUGCUUGUUUCUGACCCGUGGCUAUGCAUGGUUCCUGCCUGCUGGACCUCUUCUGCUCGUACUUCCUGGUUCGUCCACAGACCCUUCACACUUGGGCUGCAGCGUUAAAACCCGAUAAAGAAAAUGGACACGUUGAACCAAAUGAUAAGCUCCGUGAAUGUGCUCCUCUGAAUGACAGUGCAGCAGAGAUAUUUUCGAGUCUAUAUUUCUCAUUGAUUUUGAAUAGACCCAAUCGAAAUGUGCUCAGAACAGGCAAUUUUAUUUUUCUAUUGAAAAUGUUAAGGAUGUCAUGUGAGAAGAGUAAAGUGGUUCAUUUUAAAA